UAACUAAAAAUGUAUUACAAACCCUCAGUUGUAGAUUAUGAUAAGUACAAAUUUCUGAUAAUGAGUGCUCCUGAUGAUAACAGUAUGCCAAGGUACAUUAAGGAUAUGAAAGACUACAACGUGACUCUUCUGAUGAGGACCUGUGAUAUCUCCUAUAGCGAAGACCUCAUCAAUGAUCAUGGCAUUGUUGUUAAGGAACUGAGCUUCUCAGACGGAUCUGCCCCUCCCAAAGGCAUUAUAGAAGAAUGGAUGAGCAUCGUCAAAGAACACUUCUCUAGUAAAAAUAAAAACCCUGGAAGAAUCGGUAUUCACUGAGUCGCAGGCCUCGGAAGAGCCCCUGUUUUAGUCGGAGUCGCGCUUAUUGAAUUUGGUCUUGAUAAUGAACUUACGGUGAAGAAGUUAAGAUCAGAAAGGCCUGGUGCUCUUAAUCACCCUCAAACAGAAUUUUUACUAAAGUAUACACCAAAGAGCAAAUGUCCAUGUGUGAUUUUCUAAAUAGGAGUAAAAUAAGGUAAACUUCUCGUAACAU